AUGGCCGCCGUCCUCCUUCGCCGCAGCACCGAGGGAGAGACGUGCACCAUGACCUUCGUAAGCACAAACACAUACACGAGCCUAGGCAUCGACCACGGCCAUUCACUCACUUGUCAAUGAGCUCUCGUGUAUGUCUGUAUCUGCAGAAGCCUCAGGGCAAGGUCGAUCAGACCAAAGGCAAACCACCCUUUGUGGAGUUCCACUUCGGCUACAAGGAAGGCGACGUGAAAGGCUGCCCCAACAAGGACUUGACAGUGAGCCGCACCCACAUGAUAUGGUCACAUGCACUGGAAGUUCCACAUGCCGGGUGUGUUUUGAUAAAUGCAGUGCCUGAUCAGUGGGGAGAUCAAGGAGGACAAGAGCGGCAAGUCAGCCACGGCCUCCGGCAAGUGCUCCAAGGACAGGAAGGGGUGCGUUGCCGACUCUCUCGGCAAAGACAAGGACGGCGAGCCCCUCUGCAUGGUAAAUCGACGGCAACAGCCUCUGUCUCUUUUCGUAUGCCUGUUGCGUGGGUGCGCAGACGGUCACGGGCCCCGUGAUAGCCUCCAAAGGGAGCGACACGGUCCAAGACCCGCAGAUCAAGGCAAUUUUUCCGGGUGUGUGACUGACGAACUUUCACAUAUGCACACGUGCGCAAUGAUGGUGGUGUGCAUGGCCCUUAGGUACGAGCGGAUCAUUUGGAAUUGUGAAGCCAGAGGUGCCCGCCUGA